CGCCGUUUACUUGGUAUGCUCGAUAAAAUCUACAAAACUAUUUUCUCGAUUUUUGAAGCGAAUAAUACAGUCUCCUUAUCAGCGGUGACUUCGUCGUCCGAAAGAAGUAUGAAUACACCUUCAAAACUUUCUUCAGCAGAGGAAAUGGCACAGGAACACUGGGCUGCUCAGGAGCUGAUAUGCAUGUUUCCAAAAUCGGCCGAAGGGUACCUUGCCUCAGGAUAUUUGCACGAACAGCAAGACGACUUUCGUACCGCGUUGAUGGUCUACAAUCAAGGUCUACAAUCAGUACCACAGCCACAGCUAUCAUGUAACAAUACCUGGAGCCACUAUAUCAGACUAGAAAAGGCCAAGCGCAACGCAUUAAACAUGCUCAUGGAGCAUAUUGAGGGUUUUCGCCGAAUUCUUCCUUACGACAUCCUCUCUCUGAUUUUCGAAGACCUUGAACUAUACGAUCUACUGCAGUGCGCUGGUGUCUGUCGAUCUUGGUUUGAUUUUAUGUUGGAUUGGCCGGUAUUUUGGCAGAGACUUAGAAUAGAAAUCCCGAAAACGAGCAGGUCGACGUUGGAGCCACUACUACGACGUCAAACACAAGAAUUUCGUCUCGAUGGUCCCGUUACGCCUGAUUCGGUGAAUGGCCUACUUCUACUUCUUGCCGAGCAGCCAUCACAGGACACCGACAAUAACAGCGUACGUGUCCGAAAACUCGUUUUCACCAGUAUACACCUUACGCACAUCGGCAUAGCUCUAUUGCAACGAACACUGCGAUCAAUUGGUCCAGGUUUAAAACAUGUUGAAUUCAUCAAUUGCAGUUUCCAGGACAGUCAACUUCUGGAAUUCAUAUCAAAGUCAUGUUCAGAAGCAACACAUGUUUCUUUUUCGCAAUCCAUGGUCACAAACCCAUCGGGAGCUAUUAGUACAACUUUAUACGACAGCAAGAGCAGCAAACUGGAUAAUAAUCGCACAGCGUUGUCGUACUUCUCUCGCAAAACAAAGCGUAUGGUCGUCAUUCCAUUCACUUUCGAUUUUCUGACACACCUUGAAAUAUCGGGAAACUUUUACUAUUUUGAACCAUUGCAGCAAACGUCCCGAUUGCUUGAAAUUCUUUGUCAGUGUCCAAACUUGAUGGACCUGAUCCUGUCCCCUGGUGUCUCCAUCCAUCACACACAUUGCAUUAGCCAAGCACUGAAAUACUGCCCACGACUCCGAAAUUUAACAGUGUGCAACAAAACCGAGCUUAAACCGACGAUUGCUACUGACGAGUACAGCAGCAGUACCGGUGACGUGUCUUCUUCUGCUCCAAAAUAUGAUACUGAUAAUGUUGGUAUUCAACAAGUACAGCCUUCCAAUGCUGAUAGUCUGCGGUGGCUCAUAUUGGGUAGCCAAAGUUUUGAGUUUAGUAACUUGCCGAUCCUGCCAAUCCUGCUAGAAAGAUCACACCGAACUUUGGAGUUUCUGUAUCUACGCUGCAACUUGAACCGAAAGUUAUUCAUGGAUCUUGUCUCUUACGGUGGACCCCAGCUGCGAGAGAUCAACUUGUCAAUGGUGAUUAAAGGUGGUACGCAGCAACAGCACAAAAACGCGCUGAUAACGCUUUUUUCAAGGUGCCCCGUUUUGGAAGUUGUAACGAUCGAUAAUUGCGAGUCUGGACGUGUUUAUUGCAGCUCGCGAUUUCAUUCCCUUGUGGUCGACAACGACAUAUUGUUUGCUAUCGCCAAGAGUUGUCCUCUGCUUCGCCGUUUGCAUGUCACUGGGUCUCAUAGCCAUUCAAUCUUGGGCUUGUCUGGUUUUGCUUCAACAAGACUUGCUUAUUUGGAGAUUGAGAUAGUUUAUCAAAGCUAUCUUCUUGGGAUCGUUCAAAAGCUCACAUCAUUGAAGACGCUGCACACUGUAUACAGUAGCUCGCGAACUUGGCCCGAGGGAUAUGGCAUUCCUUCAGAUCACUUGGAGAGACUUAAAAAAAUCCUUGGAGAGCGUGGCGGUGAUCUUAUCUUAGAUUUACACUAGGAUAUACUCUGUUAAUAUUUUUCGCAGUUAUGCAAAUACUAUUAUUUAAAUGUUUCUUGUAUGCUUGGGUUUUGUAUAUGAUAGAGUAAUAAUACAGUAUAG